GGGGAACGCAGUCAUUUCCUCGACCUGAAUUGGAAAGCGCGCACACGGUGGCCUGACGCGGAUUGCAGCGGCACACGGUGUCGGAGGAGCUGGAUGCCAGAGGAUCACAGGGAAACACCGCGACAAUCCCUAAAUGUGAUGAAAAUAUAGGAUAUUUGAUCAUCUCCAAGAUAAUCUGACGCACAGAAGGAGAAAGCAAUCUUCAACCUACUUUUUGGAACUUGGAGUUAAAAUUUUAUUUCUUUCCAAAAGGUGUUUAAACUAAAAAUGUUGCCACAGUGCGCCCUUCUGCUGUUGGUAUGUAUGAUCCAGCUGCCCUCUCCUUCCUCUGCCUUGCCCUUUGAGCAGAGAGGCUUCUGGGAUUUCGCACUGGACGGUAUAGACAACGAGGCGCCCAUGACAAUGAUGAGGGAUGAGACAGAAGGUUCAGCCAUAGAAGAGACGAUCCCUCAUGAAAUACCCACAUGCCCCUUUGGCUGCCACUGCCAUUUCAGGGUCGUCCAGUGUUCUGACCUCGGUUUGACUGAGGUGCCAAAGAAUAUUCCUCGAGACACCAAAUUCCUGGACCUGCAGAACAACCGUAUCACUGAGAUUAAAGAGGAUGACUUCAAAGGCCUUACUAACUUAUACGGUCUGUCUCUGAGGAAUAACCUUAUUUCCAAAGUCCACCCCAGAGCAUUUGUCCCUUUGAAGCACAUGCAGAAGCUCUACUUCUCUAAGAAUCUCCUGACCACAAUCCCCAAAAACCUGCCUGCCUCUCUGGUUGAGAUAAGGAUCCACGAGAACCGCAUCAAGAAGGUCCCAGCUGGAGCAUUUUCAGGACUGAGCAACAUGAACUGCAUAGAAAUGGGAGCUAACCCCCUCCAGAACAGUGGCUUUGAACCUGGAGCUUUUAAGGGACUGAAACUGAAUUAUCUGCGUAUAUCAGAAGCCAAACUAACCGGGGUCCCAAAAGAUCUCCCAGAGAGUCUCAAUGAGCUUCAUCUGGACCACAAUCAAAUCCAGGCUGUGGAACUAGAGGACCUGAGCCGCUACAAAAACCUCUACAGGUUGGGCCUUGGUUUUAACCAUAUCCGUAACAUAGAAAAUGGCAGUCUGUCCUACCUGCCCAGGCUGAGAGAACUACAUCUGGACAACAACCGUCUCACUCGUGUUCCCCAAGGCCUUCCAGAUAUGAAAUACCUGCAGGUGGUUUAUCUCCAUUCCAACAACAUCAGCCAAGUGGGUGUGAAUGACUUCUGCCCUCGUGGAUUUGGGAUGAAGAGGACAUUCUAUAAUGGCAUCAGCCUGUUUGCUAACCCUGUCAACUACUGGGAGGUGCAGCCGGCAGCAUUUCGCUGUGUGAGCGACCGGUUCGCCAUUCAGUUUGGCAACUACAAAAAAUAAAAACAGGCAGACGCUGGGAGAUGGAAAGAGGGGGGAUAAUUGAUGAAGGGAUGAGGAACAGAUAAUUUAAGUAAUGAAAUAAAACUUGAGAGAUUGAGUAAAGAGAAUUCAUAUCUGAUAUUAUUAAUUUUAUUAUAACUGUUUUUGUAAAGAGGAUGAGUGAUGAAGAAGGUGGGCUACAAACUGAUGAAAGAGAGAAGUGAAAAAUACAAUCCCAUAACUUGAAGGGAGUGGAAAGCAAAAGGCUUACAGUACUGCAUGUGAAUUUUGCUUUUUUUUGAAAGUUUUGAAAGUUUUUUCUGUUUGAAGAAGUCGCAAAAGAGGAGAAUGUCUGAGAAGAAUGUUUUAUACUGAUGAAAAAUGAGUACUAAAAACUUGUGACGCAUUCCAUAUUUUUCGCAAUAGUUCUUAUUGUGAUAGAGGUCAUUCUUCUUAUAUUAACAUUCUGGUUAAGAUUAUGAGAAAAGAAAUAGAAAAAUCAGCGCAUUAUAGAUUUUUAUAUAUAAAAGGUGCUUUUUUUAUAACUUUCUGUGUGUUGAUUUGGUAAAUACAUUAAGUUAUCCCUGUUUCACUGGUCUGAAGCCAUUUGGCUCGUCACUCUGUGAUUAAAUUAUGCUGUAUUUAUGAACAAAACAUUUGGGCUUUUUCCACCAUCUACAGACAAAAAUUGCACUAAAAUAGAAGCUUCAGUUCAAGAUAAUUACAAGUGGACUUAUGAUAGAUUUGAAUUCCACUAAACAUAUUUUUCUAUUGAACAUAUUUGACUGGACCGCCAGCCUGUACCAUUACUACAUAUUACACCAUCUGAGCAAUACCUUAAUACAGUAUUUCAUACGGGAACAGUACAGUAGUGGGACUGUGCCCAAGAUAGAGAAAACACACAAUCCGCUUUGCUUCGAAACAAUGAAAGUAGUGUGUUCACUCUGUGCUACAAUCAGUGGUAGUGUCAUUGCAUCGUUUUGCACAGUUUUCUGCUUUGCUUUUUCUGCUUGAGGUUUACUGGGAGGCUCGCCUCUUUUGUUUUGUUUUGUUUUGCAUUUGUAGACCUAUGUGGAACUACUUUAAGAUUAUGUUUUAUGUCCUGUCUCUGUUCUGUAACCUGACAACCUACUGCUGCAUGUGAAUAAAGACAUUUUUAGUCUGCUGCAUUAAGUGCAAGAACAACCAA